CAUGACUAGAGCUGCGACCGCAUCCUCGUAGUCCGCGAGCCCAAACAUCCAAACUUGAACCGAGGCAACCCUUCCUCAGAGUUCGGCUCUCUUUCUCUCUCUCUCCACCUCUUCUACAUCUUCCUUCAUCGUUUCAAUUGCAUCUUUGCAUGGCCCGGGGAUGCUCACAAGCAUAGUCUUGACCUCCAAUUUCUCUUAGUCCCCAGCAUCCGUCGUGGUUGUUUACCCCAAUUCCUUCCACCACUCUCAACAGCAUCACCACGACAUCAUCAUAGACACCACCUCUGAUCAGCAUCCCCCCAAAAAACAUCCACCGCCAUGUCCGACACACCCUCAUCCACAGAGGACCGCUUGCGCAGUGCCGUAAUCGCAAAUCACCUCCCCUCGGGAUACGGCACAAGCUUCGACGGCACACGAAACCUCUCCAACGGUGACCUCGCUCACAUCAACUCCAAUUCCGCCCCGAACCUCCCCGCCACCGAAAAUGACGACGGCGACAACGUCGAGGAGGCAUCCUCUCUGUUACUACCCGGCGGCGACAUGCAUCGCGACCUCUUCAAGAUUUCGGCUAGGGAACAAACCUUGAAGCGCGCCCAGACUUUCUCCCACCCGCGCCGCACCGAGUCCGGCCACGAAUCCGACCUGCCCGCCGCCGAGAUGCUUCUGCCCCAGGGCUUCCGCCGCCAGUUUGUCAUGCAAAAACACAACUAUACUGCCGCUACACUCCCCAUUACCCGCAAUUUUGUCGAGUUCCUCGACUUCUACGGCUCCUUCGCCGGUGAGGAUCUUGCCGAUUCAGACGAGGAGGCCAUCGUCUCGGACGACGAGGACGAAGAGGAGGCACAAGACAGACCCCGCGGUGCACCUACCGAGACCCGGCCGCUGCUGGGAAGACGGCGGUCCUCGCGCUUCGCCAAGAAGGCCGGCGAUGCCAGCACCACAAAGACGUUCUUCACAACCCUCAAGGCUUUUAUUGGCACGGGCAUCAUGUUCUUGCCCAAGGCCUUCAAGAACGGCGGCAUCCUCUUCUCCUCUCUGACCAUGCUCGUCGUGGCCGCCAUCUCCAUGGUGGCCUUCCACCUGCUCCUGCAGUGCCGCACCCGGUACGGGGGUGGUUACGGUGACCUCGGCAAGGAGAUCUCGGGCCCUCGCAUGCGCUCCCUCAUCUUGGCGUCUAUCACUCUGUCCCAGAUUGGCUUCGUUUGCACGGGUCUCGUGUUUGUGGCCGACAACUGGUUCUCUUUCUUGAAGGCAGUCACGGGCGGCGCGAAUCCCCUCGACUCAACCGCCCUCAUUGCUCUGCAGGCCAUUGUCAUUGUACCCCUCGCCUUCAUCCGCAACAUCUCCAAGCUCGGCCCCGCUGCCCUUCUCGCCGACGUCUUCAUCAUCAUCGGCGUAGGAUACAUCUGGUGGUACGAUAUCUCGGCCCUCGCUACCCGCGGCAUGGACCCGUCCGUCAAGCUCUUCAACCCGAGCUCCUACACCCUUACUAUUGGCGCCUCCAUCUUCACGUUCGAGGGCAUCGGCCUCAUCAUCCCCAUCCAGGCCAGCAUGAAGAAGCCCGAGCACUUCGAGCCCCUGUUGGCGGGCGUCAUGCUCCUCAUCACCUGCGUCUUCACCUCGGUCGGCGCCCUCUGCUACGCGACGUUCGGCGACCGCACAAAGAUUGAGAUUAUCGACAACUACCCGCAAGACAGCCGCCUCGUCAACGCCGUGCAGUUUAUGUACGCCCUCGCCGUCCUCGUCGGCAACCCCGUCCAGCUCUUCCCCGCCAUGCGUAUCAUCGAGACCAAGAUCUUUGGCUACCGCUCGGGCAAAAAGGAUCUCCUGACAAAGUGGAAGAAGAACGCCUUCCGCACCUCCCUCGUCGCCCUCUGCAUCGCCAUCUCCAUCGCCGGCUCCGCCAACCUCGACCGUUUUGUCGCGCUCAUUGGAUCAUUCGCGUGCGUGCCCUUGGUCUACAUUUACCCGCCCUACCUGCAUCUCAAGGGCAUCGCCGAGACGAGAAACCAAAAGAUUUGCGAUUACGCCCUCAUGGCCCUUGGCCUUGUCGGCAUGGUGUACACCACCGCUAUCACCGUGGCCACCAGCUUCCUGUAGAAAGCGUAGAGCCCGAGAGUCCAGAGUCACAAGAUGUGUAAAGACUUGACAGACUUGAAAAGAGACUUGUUAGAGUAAAAAAGCAGAGAAUGCCGGAGCGUUUGAGCUUGUAUAUGUGUAUGUUUACGACCG